GCAUCGGCAAAGAAGUCAGGCUUGUUGAUGCUGCCUUCGUCUGGACUGAGGAGCACUCCAUGCGGAUACGCGUGAAGAUCACCGUGCAGAAAGAGGUGGCGCAGUCCAGCGUCCUGCAGCAGACGAUGGUUGUCGAAUUCCAGAUCGUCAACCAGCAAUGUGAGGAUUGCCAGAA